ACUUCAAGUUUCAAAAUGCCGAACCGAAAAGUGGUCAAAUUCUUCUUCGAUGUCAUUUCUCCGUACAGUUACUUUGGAUUCGAAGGAAUCACUCGUCAUCGUUCCGUUUGGAAGACUCCAAUUCAGAUGAAACCAUUCUUUUUUGCUGGUGUUGUCAGACAUACUGAAAACCCCGGUCUCCCACUCCGUAUUCCUAUCAAAGAAAAGUACAUGCACAAAGAUUUGCUCUUCUCUGCCCAAUAUUGGGGAAUUCCGUUCCGUCUUCCCAAGGACUACACAAAUAUGAUGUUGAACACAAGUUCAAUCGUUCCACAACGUAUUCUUGUCGCUUCACAACUCCGUGAUAAUGUUUUGAUGGAAGACGUUGCUCGUGGACUCUGGCAUCGAUUUUAUGCAUACGGAAAACCAAUUUUCACAAAAAGUCAAGUUGCCGAAGUUUUGAGAGAUUUGCAUGUAAAAGAUGUCGAUGAGUUGGUGAUGAUGAGUGAUUCGGCAGAAGUUAAGAACAUUUUAAGAGAAAACACAGAUGAAGCCAUCGGGAAUGGAUGUUUCGGAGCUCCGUGGAUGCAUAUCACUGAUGGUCACGGAAAAGUACUUCAAACAGUUUUCGGAUCGGAUCGCCUUCCACAGGUGGCCGAUUUUCUUGCCGAGCCAUUCAAGGGUCCAAUGAGAGAGAAGAAGCCGAACGCAUAAAUUGUCAGAUUAGCAUUCUAAAAAGUGUCUAGAAUUUUAUCUGAGAAAGAAUAACGAUUAAAAUU